AAAGCCCAGUGCUUGCUUGAUUACACUUUUAUAUAUGAAUCCCCUGCAAGUUCUUACUACUACCUUCUAGUUCUAGAACCUUUUGUUUCUCUGUCCAGUACUAAUAAACAGUCAAAGUAACCCCCAUAUAAUCCAACGUAACCCUCGCUGCUGCCUAAUUCGGUCCAGCACAUCAUCAUUAGCGCUUUGCAGCCCGUAGGUGCAUCUGCCGUACCUUACCUUAAAACCAACCAGUGAAGACCCGCACACUGACACCAAGGGAACCAGCCAGCCACAUCGACGUCCUCCCGGCGCCAUGCCGCCCGCCCCCGCCCCCGCCCUCCCCCUCCUCCUCCUUUUCCUCGCCGCCCUCGCCACCGGCGCUGCCGCCGCGGCCGAGGUGGACGCGCUCCUCUCCUUCAAGAGCGCCCUCACAGUCCCGCCCGCGGCCGCGCCCUUCUUCGCCACGUGGGACGCCGCUGCGGCCGACCCCUGCGGCUUCGCCGGCGUCUCGUGCGGCGGCGCCGGCCGCCGCGUCACCGGCCUCUCCCUGCCGGGCCUCAACGUCUCCGCGGAGUCCGUGCCCUUCGCCGACCUCUGCGCCGCCCUGCCGUCCCUGGCCGCGCUGUCCCUGCCGGAGAACUCGCUCGCGGGCGGCAUCGCCGGGGUCGUCGCCUGCGCCGCGCUCCAGGAGCUCACCCUCGCCUUCAACGGCUUCGACGGCGCCAUCCCGGAUCUCUCGCCGCUCGCCAGGCUCCGCAAGCUCAACGUCUCCUCCAACCGCUUCGCCGGCGCCUUCCCGUGGGCCUCGCUCGCCGCCAUGCCGGACCUCUCCGUGCUCGCGCUCGGCGACAACCCGUUCCUCGCGCCCACCGCCGCGUUCCCGCGCGAGGUCACCAGGCUCACCAACCUCACCGUGCUCUACAUGUCCGCGGCCAAGAUCGGCGGCAACAUCCCGCCGGAGAUCGGCGACCUGGUCAGCCUCGUCGACCUCGAGCUCUCCGACAACAACCUCACCGGCGUGAUACCGAAGGAGAUCGGCAGGCUCACCAACCUCACCCAGCUCGAGCUCUACAACAACUCCCUCCGCGGAGACCUCCCCGCCGGGCUCGGCAACCUCACCAAGCUGCAGUACCUGGACGCGUCCCAGAACAUGCUCACCGGCACCCUCGCCGUGCUCGCCUCCCUCAAGCGCCUCGUGUCGCUGCAGCUCUUCUUCAACCACUUCACCGGCGAGGUGCCCCCGGAGUUCGGCGACUUCAAGGAGCUCGUCAACCUGUCCCUCUACAGCAACCACCUCACCGGCGAGCUGCCGCGGAGCCUCGGGAGCUGGGCGCAGUUCAACUUCAUCGACGUGUCCACCAACGCGCUCUCCGGCCCGAUCCCGCCGGACAUGUGCAAGCAGGGCACCAUGCUCAAGCUGCUCAUGCUCGAGAACAACUUCUCCGGCGGGAUACCGGCGACCUACGCCAGCUGCAAGACGCUGGUGAGGUUCCGGGUCAGCAAGAACAGCCUCUCCGGCGAGGUGCCCGAGGGGCUGUGGGCCCUUCCCAACGUCAACGUGAUGGACCUCGCCGGGAACCAGCUCACCGGCGCCAUCGGCGACGGCAUCGGGAACGCCACGGCGAUGACCAGUCUCCUCCUGGCCGGGAACCGGUUCGCCGGUGCGAUACCGCCGUCGAUCGGCAACGCGGCGAGCCUCGAGAACAUGGACGUGUCGGAGAACGAGCUCUCCGGCGAGCUGCCGGAGAGCAUCGGGAGGCUGUCCCGUCUCAACAGCCUCAGCAUCGGGGCGAACGCGAUCGGCGGGGCCAUCCCGGCGAGCCUCGGCUCGUGCUCGGCGCUUAGCACGGUCAAUUUCACGAGGAACAAGCUCGCCGGCGCGAUCCCCGAGGAGCUGGGCAACCUGCCGCGGCUGAACUCCCUGGACGUGUCCCGGAACGAGCUCAUCGGCGCCGUGCCGGCGAGCUUCGCCGCGCUGAAGCUAAGCUUCCUGAACCUGUCCGACAACCGGCUGGGCGGCCCCGUCCCUGAGGCGCUAGCGAUCUCGGCCUACGGCGACAGCUUCGUCGGGAACCCCGGGCUGUGCGCCACCAACGGCGCCGGCUUCCUCCGCCGCUGCACGCCGGGGUCCAGGAGCCGGUCGGCGAACGCCGCGCGAUUGGUCGUGACCUGCGUCCUCGCCGCGACGGCGGUCCUGCUGGCGGCGCUCGGCGUGACCCUGUAUCUGAGGAAGCGGCGGCGCGCGGAGGCCUCGGCGGCCGGCGCGCUGGGUUCCGCCAAAAAGGGUUCGUGGGACAUCAGGUCGUUCCGGGUGCUGGCGUUCGACGAGCGCGAGAUCAUCGACGGCGUCCGCGACGAGAACCUGAUCGGCAGCGGCGGGUCCGGGAACGUGUACCGCGUGAAGCUCGGGAGCGGGGCGGUGGUGGCGGUGAAGCACGUGACCCGCGCGCGCGCGGCCGCCGCCGCCGAGAGCGCGGCGGCGGCGGCGGCAAUGCUGCCGGCGGCGAGGGUGCCGGCGCGUCGCACGGCGUCGGUGCGGUGCCGCGAGUUCGAUUCGGAGGUGGGGACGCUGAGCGCGAUCCGGCACGUGAACGUGGUGAAGCUGCUGUGCAGCAUCACGAGCGAGGACGGGGCGGCGAGCCUGCUGGUGUACGAGCACCUGCCCAACGGCAGCCUGGACGCGCGGCUGCACGGGGCGGCGGCGAGGAAGCUGGGCGGGCUCGGGUGGGCGGAGCGGCACGACAUCGCGGUGGGCGCAGCGAGGGGGCUCGAGUACCUCCACCACGGCUGCGACCGCCCCAUCCUGCACCGCGACGUCAAGUCCAGCAACAUCCUCCUCGACGAGGCCUUCAAGCCCCGCCUCGCCGACUUCGGCCUCGCCAAGAUCCUCAGCGGCGGCUCGCCCGCCGGCGACUCGUCCGGCGGCGUCGUCGCCGGCACGCUCGGCUACAUGGCGCCAGAGUACGCGUACACUUGGAAGGUGACGGAGAAGAGCGACGUGUACAGCUUCGGCGUGGUGCUGCUGGAGCUGGUGACGGGGCUGCCGGCGAUGGUGCCGGCGGAGGAGGGCGGCGGCGACCUGGUGGGCUGGGUGUCGCGGCGGCGGGAGAGCCGGGACAAGGCCAUGUCCCUGGUGGACGCGCGGGUCACCGAGGGGUGGGCCCGGGAGGAGGCCGUGCGGGUGCUGCGCGUCGCCGUGCUGUGCACCAGCCGGACGCCGUCGAUGCGCCCGUCCAUGCGCUCCGUCGUGCAGAUGCUGGAGGACGCCGCCGCCGCGCGGGAGGACGACGCAAAGCUCCUCCAGGUCAAGCUGGUCAUCUGAAUAUCUAUCUCAAGGUCGAUCAGCAGGUAGUACAGUAGGAUUCUUCAGAGCAGAGACGAGGUCAAAGCUAUCGCAUGUGCAGCCAGCCAGAUUAGAUUAUUGUUGCUAGAAUAAUAAUAGUAAUCAAUCGCACAAGCAAAGCAACCAACCAACCAGUAUGUAGUUUAGCAUAUCUGCAGCCUGUAACACUAAGAUAAGAUUGUACUCUAGAAGCGUCAAGGAGAGUUUUGUAAUCGCUCGCUCAGUCAGAGGUCAAUGCAUGGAGUAAUACUCGAUCAGCUAGCUGCUCCUCUUUC